UGUGUGUGUGCGUGUUUGUAAUGCGCGCGCGUGUGUGUGUGUUAUUAGGAGGUGGGGGUGAGAGACCCCGUCGUGUGUUGACCCCCUAAACAACUCCCAGUCUCCAUUCGCUCUCCCUCUCUGGUUUAAAGCUCCAUCGCUCAUUGCAGAGACUCAUUUGAGCCCGACGCGUCGCUACAUGGACAUCGAUAGAGCGGACGCACCGUUAACGUUGGAUACUCGGCCCGGUCCACGCUAAACUCUUAUUAAGAGAGUGUCUCAUCCGCCGGUGUGGUGUGUGUUGUCUUCCGUCACUGAGUGUGUGAACUCGGCUUCCGUAUCGCAUGGAGAAGAGGUAUGAGGAGUUGGUGCAGUACUCAGGCUCUGACAUCAUGCCUGUGGGAGGCUACGGGGACGCCAUGAGGUCACUUCCUCCACCUCACUAUGGCCACACUGUGCCUGACUCGCUUAAACACCACCGGGAUCUGAUCUACGGUCAUCCCCUGUUUCCACUCCUGGCACUGGUGUUUGAGAAAUGUGAACUCGCCACCUGCUCACCACGAGACUCCACCUCCAUGUCAAACCCCUCCCACCUUUCCGGCAUGACAAAUUACAGCGACGUCUGCUCCUCUGAAUCAUUCAAUGACGACAUUGCGGUCUUUGCCAAACAAAUUCGAUCUGAGAAACCCAUCUUUUCAUCAAAUCCAGAACUGGAUAAUUUGAUGAUCCAGGCCAUUCAAGUACUACGGUUUCAUCUAUUAGAGCUAGAAAAGGUUCAUGACCUCUGUGAUAAUUUCUGUCACCGCUACAUCACGUGCCUGAAGGGCAAGAUGCCCACUGAUUUGGUGCUGGAAGACAGAGAGGGCGGAUCCAAAUCGGACAUGGAGGAUUUCACUGGUUCCUGCACCAAUUUGUCAGAACAAAAUCAGUCUUGGUUGCGAGACCCAGAUGACUGUGUGUCAAUCCCCUCAGGCACCCCAAGCGCAUCCUGCGGUCUUACUUCACACAGUGCAGAGAACUGCAGCGACGCAGGUGAUGGACUAGAUGGAAGUGUGGCAUCUCCCAGCACAGGAGAAGAAGAUGAAAUGGACAGAGACAGACGAAACAACAAGAAAAGAGGAAUUUUUCCUAAAGUUGCAACAAACAUUAUGAGAGCUUGGCUCUUCCAGCACCUAUCACAUCCAUACCCCUCUGAGGAACAGAAAAAACAACUCUCCCUAGACACGGGUCUCACCAUACUGCAGGUCAACAACUGGUUCAUAAAUGCCAGACGCAGAAUAGUCCAGCCAAUGAUCGACCAGACAAAUCGCUCAGGUGAAAUAUGCCAGGGUGCUCCGUACAGUCCAGAGGGGGCGGCUGUAGGAGGUUAUGGCUUAGACGUUCAGUCCCAUUUAGGCCUCAGAACAGCAGGUCUUCAGGGAAUGUCAUCUCUGCCCACAGAUUACCCCGGAGCCCUCCUGCCCCAGCCAGGGUACUCCCACCCGGGGCCGUCCCUGCACCCUUACCCCGGCCCCCACACUGCCGUGCUGCUCCACCCGCCGCCCCACGCCCACCCUGCUGAACCCCUUAUAGGACAAGGCCUUGACAUACAUGCCCACUGAGACCAGAGCAGGGCAGAGGGGGCACUGAAAGUGGGCCAGACCGGUAUAUUAUGAAUUGAAUUUGCAUUGACAUUUGACAUAACCCGUCACCCUCAGCAAACCUUCAGGACGCUAGCGUGGUCGACACAAUGACUCUGAGAAUGUCUUAAAUGCAAUGACAUGCAUGAAAAUGUCCAUUUUAUGCACUCAAUUCUGUGCAACGUGACUGUAUGCAAAGCCUGAAAGAACUGUUACAUUCCUUAGCCAUUUAUCAAUCUUUAUUGCUAUCUUAUCUCUUCCUCAUUAUGCUCUGAAUGGGUGAAUCUCACAAAGAACAUGUCCAGGUCAUUUUUCAGCCCAAAAUCAAAAGAAAAAAUUAGAAAUGAUAUGUUGCAAGAAAAAUAAGGCUAUUUUUAGGACCAUUACGAUGGUUUGGCAUUGUAACAUUAGUUUUAUGACAAUUAGGGAUAUUUUCACCCCAACAUUUUCAUUACUGUAAUGCAAAAAAAUAAAUAAUAAUAAUAAUAAUUCAUGUAAUACUGUAAUGUAGGGAUGUCAUAAAAUAUCAAUUUAUUGAUUAUUGUCAGCACAUUAUUUUAUCGAUAUAUUUUUGAGGCAUCGAUAUAUUAUAAUUAGCCGACAUUUAAAUUAAAAGCCCAAUGGGCAUGCUUUCCAAUUCAUUCAGUUGGACUCUGUUUAACAGUCUGGCGUAAUAGUGUUGGGAGACCACAAGAGGGCGAUAUACCAUUUACUGAAGCCGGUCACAGUCACGGUCACGAUCACACACAAACACACACACACAGGACGAGCUGAAGCGGUGCAGAUGGCAGUCCAAAGUUACAGAGGUUUUUGCACUCCUUCAAGAAUGAACAAAGUGACAUUGAUGAGUUUGCAUUAUGCAAUUUCUCAGUAUGUAGCCAUGAAUAGGUCUUUCAUUCAAGCUGUCAAAGCACAAAAUGACAUACUUGUUAUUGAAAAUAUAUUGUGUAGGCCCUAUGAAAGAUACAUAUACACAAUAUAUCAUCCAGUUAUACUAGAGUAAACAAUCUUUGUAGUUUGAUAAUGAUUUGGGUCAAAUUUAAUGGAAAACUAUGUGACGCACUCUGUGGAACUUCAGAAUGUUGGCGCUGAGUGUUGGCGGUGUGGGUGUACCUUUGUAGAAAAUAAAUAUUUGUUAUUUUAGAAUGCACCAUGUUGUCUUCCAGACGCGUCCGGUGUGUGACCCCCUUUAAUUAAUCCUGCCACUCACAGUUUACCAGUUGUUUAUCAAGUUGUGUUGAGAAAUAUGUCUGAAGAGACAAAGAUUGUUGUGCAACGAGCAGCCCUAUUUAUACAGGAUCUGAAAAAAACAUCUCUAUAUAUAUCGAUAAUCAUCUGGAAAAUCUUCCGAUUAUCAAUGCAUGAAAAUUUGUACUUUUUAAAUGUACUUCACAAUUUAAAUAAUUUGUUUUGCAUUGCAGUAAUGAGAAUGAGUUCUUUUUGCAUUAGAGGGGGUUUUAAAUGGGCUUAAUUUUCAUGAAAAUAAUGCGAAAGUGGUCUUAAAGUAGGCUUCAUUUUCUUGGCAAUUUUAGUGAGAUUCACCUGGAUGCACUGUACUGAAUACAUUGAUCUACUAGUUUUAGCUGCAACAUUGCUGCGCUCAACUGUAUAUACACAAGUCUUCCUAUGGCCUUAAGGGGCGUGCUGACAUCUCCUUGAAUCUAACAUUAAGGCCUUCAUCAUAGCCUUUCUUGCCUUGACUGAAAUAGUCUUCUGAGAUGACUGAUUGCACCAAAUCCUCAUAACUUAACUGGGUGAAUAUUAGGAAACCUCAUCAUAUUUCUCCCCAAAAUCAAAAGCAAUAAAUAAGAAAUUAUAUUUGGCUUAAAGAAAAUUAAGCCUGUUUCAGGACAGUUAAGAUUUCUUGCACUGUGACUUUAUUUUCACAAAAAUUAAGCACAUUUUCCCUCCUAAUUCUCUUUACUGUAAUGCAAAAAUUCUCAUUUUACUCUAAUGCGAAAACAAUAUACAUUAUUUAAAUGGUUUAGUAUUAAUACACCAUGGUGGUGGUAUUUUUUAUAAUGCCUUUGAUAUGUACUGCUUUAACUAAUUAAAAAAAUAUUAUGUAUUAUUAUAAUCUAAUGAGAAUAAUCAAUGAGAAAUUACAAAAAAUCUAAAAAUAAAAAAUAACAUGUUCAGAAGCAUUACAGUAAUGAGAAUUUAGGGGUGGGUGGUUGUCAUUAAAAUAAUGUCACCAUGUUGAAAAUCUACACACAGGUGUUAGAAUCACAUGACCAGCUGAAUACUACUUGCUGAAUCUCAGUAACCAUCCUGUUAUUUGACACUUUCACUCAUUGAUUAAAGUAAUCAUGGCUGACUGUGAAUACUACAUUUCUACUAUGGCAUCUGAAACUGAAAACUAUUGAUUUUAAAUGAGGCUGCUAGGUGUCAGGGCAAGUCCAAGAUAACACAAAGACAAGUUACUGAGUGCACCUUUAAUGGUCUGAAAGAUAGGCUCAGUUUUCUUUAUACAAAUGUAACUUUAUUUCUUUUGAUUUUGCACAAUGAUUUUGAGGCGAAAUGUGACCCAGACAUGUUUUCAUGAGAUUCACUGCAGAACUUUUGAACAUGGUCAAUAAAAUGUAGAGAGCUGAUUUGUGGCAUACUGUAGAGUGUCUUUACCAGAUGUCUAUGUCUUCCUAGCUGAGGGUAAUGCAAGUUUUAAUUCAGUUCUUCUGUUCAUAAGUCAGUCUCACUUUUAGCAUUAUGCAUUAUUUAAUUUAAAAUUUAUGUUAAAUAUAUUUUUGUAUUUAUCUGUGUCAGAGACUCGACUACUUCAAAACACUAAAGUUACAAUAAUCUGAGUGCCACAUUUUGUGAAUCUCUCAAUUUGAUAAAGAAAUGAAUAUGUUCUUCAGUUCUUUGAAGUUUAUGAGAAUGUUUAUCUGCUGCGGUCCCGACAGGCACGUUUUUGCUUUGCUCUAAAGGACCUGACUCACAUUACCGUCAAGACUUACACAGUACCACUGUAUAAAAGAAUGCCUGCUUGAAUAUCUUAUGACAUUUUUUUCUAUGCUUUUUAGAGAUUUGUUGGAAAGCGAUGGACUUGAUACCUUCAGCUCUUUUCUCUCAUUCUCCUUUCUGAUUUUACAAUGUACUACAGGUUUGUUGAUGAUGUGUGUAUGAUAAUGAUAUGAUGAUGUUACAGUUACGUUAAUAAUACUAAAUCACUUUUU